AUGGCCGUGGCCAUGAACCUCCGACCAACGGACAUGGUAGAACUCCUCGCGGAUACUUUCACUAAAGUUCCGCUGGUACCGACAGUGGGACCACCCCCCGAGAAUUGGGACAAGUUCCGUCAUCCCACGGCACCUCUGAUGCAACAACCGGACACCGACUUUACUCUGCACGAGCUGCAAGCUGCACAAAGAUCCCCACCCCCUGCGGAUCAGCCUGGACUGCGGUCCAAGAAGAACGUAGCAGUGGUCGUAGCAAGGCAGCUCACGGAAGACCACUUAGUUACCCAGUACGAUGGGUGGACCCGAGUGUACACCGACGGAUCGGUGGACCCCUCCGGAGGCACAGCAACAGCAGCGGCUUUCUUCGAGGCAGCAGCUGUGGGUACCAGUGAGCGCCUGGAUCACCAGGCAUCCUCCACCACGGCAGAGCUAGCAGCCAUACGGCUCGCCCUCUGGGGUAUUCGGACAGGCUGCACACAGGCUUUACGCUGGGUCAUCCUGAGCGACUCAAGAUCAGCCCUCGAGCUGCUAUCUAGGCUCGAACGGGCAACGCCCCUGGCCCGUUCAAUCGCGCAGGAUGCGGUCGAGCUUCAGCAAGAAGGCAACAACAUUGCCUUCCAAUGGCUCCCGAGCCACUGUGGCAUUAGAGGCAAUGAAGUCGUUGAUUUUCUAGCGGUGCGGGCUCACAAGGACCCUGAGUGCCCGCUUUCAACCGUUCCCCGCUUCUCAGACGCCAAGCUCCUUGUGAGAAGAGCCAUCGCCCUACAGCACCCGGACCCCGUAGUGGUGGCGGGUGCCUUCCCAGCUCGGGUACCGCGCGGCUUCGACCGCCAAACUGCCGCAGUAAGUUAUAGAUUACGGACCGGAAGCGCCUUCACCCCGGCGUGGAUAAGUCGCUUCAGACUCAGUGUUGACCCCAUAUGCCAGACCUGCGAGGAAACGGCCGACGCCGAACAUCUCCUCCUGCACUGCAGUGAUCACGAAGAGGAGCGCACCAACCUCCGUGAUGCUUUUUCCCGCCUAGGGCUACCUAGUACCAACUUGGAAGAACUCCUGCGUCCAAGAGCCUCACGAGCUACUACGGACAAGGCACUCAAGCGUGUAGUCAGCUUCCUGAGGAGCGCGGAACUCCUCGAGAUCCUUUAG